AUGCUAGUGAUCAACUAUGGGUUGGGGCGCCAUGCAGCCGCUCUCCCAACACAGAACAUCGUGACCAUUGCAAAAUUGCUCAUGGCUUUUGAAUGUGUCUACUGCACAACAGUGGGAAUUAUUAAGAUCUCCAUAUUGCUCAUGUACGCCCGCAUAUUUCCGACGCGUAACUUCCGCAUCGCCUCUUAUAUCCUGGGCGCCAUUGUCGUGGGCUGGGUAAUUGCUAUAAUUUGCGUGAGCGUAUUUCAGUGCAAUCCCAUUGCCAAGGGCUGGAAUAACAGUCUACCUGGUACCUGCAUCAAUCUCAAGGCUUCAUUUAUUGGAAAUGCGGUCCCGAAUAUUGUCACGGAUAUAGCUAUUCUUUCUUUGCCGGUACAUGUUGUAUGGGGUCUACAUGCAAACCUCACACAUCGACUUUCGGUAAUUGCGGUAUUUCUUUUGGGCAGUUUGUUAGUUUCCUCUCCCUUCAGCAGAACCAACUUCCAAGGUUCCAGGUGGUCUCUGGUUUCUCGUGGUAUUCCGAGUGAAAAUAUGAGCUAA